CGGGUGCGACGGUCGACGCAUUUUGCCAUGUUUCGCGUGCGACUGGCUACGAAGGAGUACUGCGUGGCGCUACCUCCAAAUGGCGACGCGACGGCCCGCUACGUAAAGCAGUACCUCGUGGACAACGACGAGGACCUGCAAGUGUCGCCAACGCAACUGCGACUCAUGGUGAAAGGGAAGAUUCUGGCGGAUGGCGACAUCUUGGACGCGUCGCAGACCGUAGCCGCGCCCGCUCUCGUGCAUAUUCUCCCAUCACAGCAUGAGAUUGAAGCGAUGCACGCUCGCGAGGCCGAGGCCAAACGCAUCCACGACAUCAGGAUGACUCGACAUGUCGUCAACAUCCAAGCGCGCAACGAGGAGCUCACGUCCCGAGCACAUGCUAGCACGACGUACAAAUUCCACGCGAUCGAAACUUUGCCAAACAUGCCCAACGAAGCCACGGCUCGAAACAUUCUGGAAUCCCUGGCGACCGAUCCUGGCAUCUUGGCCGUCUUGGCGCAGCACAAAUGGCACGUCGGCGCGCUGGUCGAGAUGUUUCCUGACGGCAAAGUUGGAGUCGACCCGGUCUGUGUCCUAGGGCUCAAUGAAAACAAAGGGCAGCGAAUUCGACUGCGACUGCGCACGGACGACCUGCUCGGGUUUCGCAAGUUCCUCACGAUCAAGCAAGUCCUAUUCCACGAGCUCAGCCACAAUGAUGUGAGCGACCACAACCCCGAGUUCUACCAACUCAUGCGCCAAGUUGAAGCGGAAUGCAACGCAAUUCCCAUGACCCGCACGACACCGCUUGUUCGCUCGGUUGUGCAGCAGCAGUCGUCUGUGGGCCAUCGACUUGGUCUAGGACCAUCGCCUCCCCUGCCUUCUUCAGGCAACCUCCCACAGCCACCCAACACCCUCCCAUCGGCUGCACCUCGUCCCGAAUUGCAAACGCCGCCUCACUCCCAUGCACGUCCAUCCCAACAGCCAGGGGUCGAGAAAGCCCCGUCAUCGCCUGAGGCUGCCUUGCCACGAGCCGUCUUGGAUGAUGCUAGCCAGCCUAAAGACGGAAGCGCACGUCGAGACCACAUCGCCGACGCUCGGUCCACCACACCAAAAGCCCCAUCGACACCGCUUCCCUUGUCCAUGGCUCCUCUGCUGGGACACUUGAUGGAGCUGAAUGAGUGCGCGACGUAGGCCGAGUGGGACGACAUGGCCUUAGCGAUGGGAGGUGAGCGCGUGCAGCAGGUCCACACGGCGAUCCAUCAGUUGCGCACGGCUUUGUUGGCGACGGCAUCUGCGCACCAGACUGUCGCGACGAUGCAAACUCUGCUGGCCAAUAUCCUGUCGCAUCCGUCGGACGCCAAGUACAAAUCGUUUCGAAAGGACAACCCGCGUAUCGCUCGGACGAUUGGAAGCGUCGCGGCGGCGCACGAUUUCCUGCAAAGCGUCGGGUUUGAGCAAGAUGCGACGCACUGGACAUUGCAGCGACAUGACCCUGGGCUGCUCUGGCUGGGCAAAACCGCGCUCGAGACGUUGGUCAUAGCUAGCGACGGCAGCAAUUGAACCAAGCGGGGUCAACACUCCUGGAGAUUCAACGUCGGCAUGCUUUCGUACGUCGUCGCGGAUUGCGAAUGAGGCGGCCACGUGCCAGCACGACAUGCUGCCGAGUCCUUCCCAUCUGUCCUUUGUAUCGCAUCCGCGACGGCGAGGAGUGGCCCCAUGGACGACUGAAUUCACCUUCAUCCAGACUAGAAACCGAGUGAUGGGAGCAUUCCACCAACUUUGUGACGCUGGCUCGCACACCACGGCAAGCAUCAGCUGCCAGAACAUGGUUGGUACGACAGAUAACACCGCAGUUGCAUUUUGCAUUGAAUCACGUCA